UUCUCUCUCUCUCUCUCUCCCUCUCUCUCAUUAGCCUGGCUCCCUGUCGGAGGCUACACUCAUCUGUUUUUUUAAAGGGUGGUUUCAGCUGCCAGAUGUUUGCUCUUGAGGGGACCCGCGUAGCUGCUGUUUAUAGCUGACUUGAAAGAAAAUACGUUAUUUUUCAUCAGAAGUGAAGUCGCGAGCACUGAUUUAAAAUAAAGAAAAAAGGGAACUUCCUGUGAUCCCAGCAGGGCAGGGUCGGUCGAAGGAGGGACUGCUUCUGAACGGAUGAACACUGGCAACUUUCUCUUUUGGUUGAAAAUACAUAUAAAAAAAAGGAACAAACAGGAAUUAACAUUUUAAAAGCCAACGUCUCGUUUCCAAAGUCACGCGGAUGAAGUAUAGAGCGAUGGUGGUGGGCAGCGAGGGGGCGCGGGUGACGAUGGAGAGCGCUCUGACAGCGCGGGACCGAGUCGGGGUCCAGGACUUCGUGCUCCUUGAGAACUUCACAAGCGAGGCUGCCUUCAUCGACAACCUUCGCAAGAGGUUCAAGGAGAACCUCAUCUAUACCUACAUCGGCUCAGUGCUGGUAUCGGUGAACCCUUACAAGGAGCUGGAGAUCUACAGCAAGCAGCACAUGGAGCGAUACCGAGGAGUCAACUUCUACGAGGUCUCCCCACACAUCUACGCGGUCUCUGAUAACUCGUACCGCGCCAUGCGCACGGAGAGAAAGGACCAGUGCAUUCUCAUCUCUGGGGAGAGUGGAGCCGGGAAGACGGAGGCGUCGAAGAAGAUCCUGCAGUACUACGCUGUGACCUGCCCUGCCAGUGACAAGGUGGAGACCGUGAAGGACAGGCUGCUGCAGUCCAACCCCGUCCUGGAGGCUUUUGGGAAUGCCAAAACACUCCGGAAUGACAACUCCAGCCGAUUUGGGAAAUACAUGGAUAUUCAGUUUGAUUUCAAGGGCGCUCCCGUCGGGGGUCACAUCCUCAACUACCUGCUGGAGAAGUCGAGGGUCGUGCACCAGAACCACGGCGAGCGCAACUUCCACAUCUUCUACCAGCUGAUCGAGGGCGGAGACGACGACCUGCUCCGGAGGCUGGGGCUGGAGAGGAACGCACAACAGUACCAGUACCUGGUGAAGGGUAACUGUCCCAAGGUGAGCUCGAUCAACGACAAGAAUGAAUGGAAGGUGGUGAGCAAGGCUCUCUCUGUCAUUGGCUUCAGUGAAGACGAGGUGGAGGAGCUGCUGAACAUCAUUGCCAGUGUGCUGCACCUGGGGAAUGUGCAGUUUGCCGGGGAUGAGCAGGGCAAUGCCCAGACCAGCACCGAGACCCAGAUUCGAUACCUGGCCAGGCUCCUGGGAGUGGAGGGGCCUGUGCUGAAGGAGGCUCUGACCCACAGGAAGAUCAUUGCCAAGGGAGAGGAGCUCCUCAGCCCGCUGAAUCUGGAGCAGGCUGCCUAUGCCAGGGACGCUCUCUCCAAGGCUGUGUACGGACGAACCUUCUCCUGGCUGGUCAGCAAGAUCAACCAGUCUCUCGCCUACCAGGACGCUGAGUAUCCGGGGCGCAAGAGUGCGGCAGUGAUCGGGCUGCUGGAUAUCUACGGGUUUGAGGUCUUUCAACACAACAGCUUCGAGCAGUUCUGCAUUAACUACUGCAACGAGAAGCUGCAGCAGCUGUUCAUCGAGCUGACGCUGAAAUCAGAGCAGGAGGAGUACGAAGCCGAAGGGAUCACGUGGGAGCCUGUUCAGUUCUUUAACAACAAGAUCAUCUGCGAUUUAGUGGAAGAGAAAUUCAAAGGCAUCAUCUCCAUUCUGGAUGAGGAGUGUCUGCGUCCCGGAGACGCCAGUGACCUCACGUUCCUGGAGAAGCUGGAGGACAAGCUGGCGGGACACGCCCACUUUGUCACACACAAGCUGGCGGAUGGAAAGACGCGGAAGGUGAUGGGGCGCGAGGAGUUCCGGCUCCUUCACUACGCCGGCGAGGUCAACUACAACGUCAACGGCUUCCUAGACAAGAACAACGACCUGCUCUUCAGAAACCUGAAAGAGGCGAUGUGCCAAUCGGAGAACAAGAUCCUGAACCUGUGCUUCGACCAGAGCGACCUGACCGACAAGAAGCGUCCGGAGACAGCUGCCACCCAGUUCAAAGCCAGCCUGACAAAGCUCAUGGAGAUCUUGAUGUCAAAGGAGCCAUCGUACAUUCGCUGCAUUAAGCCCAAUGAUGCCAAACAAGCAGCCCGGUUCGAUGAGGUUCUGAUCCGACACCAGGUGAAAUACCUGGGGCUCAUGGAGAACCUGCGAGUGAGGAGAGCCGGCUUCGCGUACCGCCGCAAAUAUGAGAUCUUCCUGCAGAGGUACAAGUCUCUCUGUCCAGGAACGUGGCCGCACUGGAACGGCCGGCCAGCGGACGGAGUGGCCACUCUGGUCAAGCACCUGGGAUACAAACCCGAGGAGUACAAGCUGGGCAGAUCCAAGAUAUUCAUUCGCUUUCCCAAGACGCUGUUCGCUACAGAAGACGCGCUGGAAGUACGGAAGCACAGUCUGGCCACCACGCUGCAGGCUUCAUGGAAGGGUUACAGUGCCAAGUCCAAGUUCCAGAAGAUGAGACGAUCUGCGAUUCUGAUCCAGGCGUGGUGGCGAGGCGUCCAGGGCAGACGGAGAGCAGCCAGGAGGAAGCGGGCAGUGGAGAUCAUCCGCAGGUUCAUUAAAGGGUUCAUUUACCGGCACGAGCCGCGCUGCCCGGAGAACGAGUAUUUCCUGGAUUACGUGCGCUACUCCUUCCUCAUGAACCUCCGCAGGAACUUACCCAAGAGCGUCCUGGACAAGUCCUGGCCCACGCCCCCUCCGGCGCUGAUCGAGGCCUCUGAUCAGCUGAGGAAGAUGUGCAUGCAGAACAUGAUGCGGAGCUACUGCAAACAGAUCAACCCAGAAUGGAAGAACCAGCUCGAGCAGAAGUGCAUUGCCAGCGAGAUCUUCAAGGAGAAGAAGGACAACUACCCGCAGAGCGUGCCCAAGCUGUUUGUGAACAGCCGGCUGGGUAAUGAAGAAAUCAACCCCAAAAUCCUCCAAACGCUAGGAAAUGAGAAAAUCAAGUAUGGAGUGCCAGUUACGAAGUACGACCGGAAAGGCUACAAGGCUCGGCAGAGACAGCUGCUCCUCACCCAGAACAGUGCCUUCAUCGUGGAAGAGGCUAAACUCAAACAGAGGAUAGACUACAGCAUCAUGAAGGGAAUCUCUGUGAGCUCCUUGAGCGACGGGCUGUUUGUGCUCCAUGUGCCUUGUGAGGACAACAAACAGAAGGGAGACGUGGUUCUGCAGAGUGAUCACGUGAUCGAGACGCUGACGAAAAUUGCCAUGAGCGCCGAUAAAGUGAACAACCUCAACAUCACCCAAGGAAGUAUAAAGUUCACGGUGGGCCAGGGGAAGGAAGGGAUCAUCGACUUCACCUCUGGGUCGGAGCUCCUGAUCACCAAGGCUAAGAACGGACACCUGUCUGUGAUUGCCCCUCGUCUCAAUUCAAGAUGAUGAUCCAUUUAAAAAGAGGCUAUAUAACAAAAGAAAAUGUAAAAAUAUAUAUAUAUGGAGAUCUACCAGCCACUAAUCAGAUUACAGCAGACAAAGCAAACUCCGGUUUUCAUUGGCCAACUUUGCCAGUAAUUUGUUCGCCUUACCCAAUCAGAACUCUUCGUUUUCCCCCCACCCGACACCAAAGGCCUGUGCUUCCAAAACGCUGAAGAAAAAAAAAAAAAGAUAGAUAUAUAUAUAUUUUUGUGUUCAUUUUUUUUUUAUUUUUUUUUUUUUCAAAAUCCCAAAUGCAUGAAAAAAACCCGAGAGACAGUGAUUCUAGCUUGAGCCUGCUAGCUUUGCUGCACGCCUGACAAGUCAAGCUACGAAAAAAGAGGAGUGUUUUUUUUGAUAGUCGUUUUUAAAGGAGCGGCAUCUCUCUUCAGGAGUGUGAAGCUCCUGUCGUGCGAGUUACUAGCAGUGGAAGAAAACAGAUACAUCGUUAAAUUAAAAAAAAAAAAAAAAAAAAAACUUAAUCUUCAGAGCAAGAGUCCUUCAGGAAAUCCAAGGCAAGAAGCUGCAAAUCGAGCAGCGAUGCCCUUGAGAUCAUGAUCGGUAGUGUUUUGAUAAAUCAGGGGAAUUUUUAUAUUUGAUUUUUGAUAGAAGGUGAAUCGAUGGCUAUAACGUUAGCAGGAAAUUGAAGUAACCAAUCGGGAAUGAGAAUGACAAACGAUUUGGACGGACCGCAAGGACAGGAUAGUCUGAGACGGGCUGGACAGAACAGAAACUAGCAGCCCCAAAGCUGGGUGAGCUCUCGCUGCAGGAUUACCCAGCUUGCUCUCUGCCCCUCUCUGGAACCCCUCAAAGUCCAUUCGGUCGCAGCGAGCGUGUUUUGAAAGCGUCUCGGCGCAAUCUCACCUCUCUGGAUUCUCAAAGCUGUGGGAGACCCAACCAAGGCCUAUUUGUUUAAAAAGAAAAAGGAGAACUCUGUCCGUGUGGUUUUAAAACAACUGAAGAAAAGCUCCACGGUCUACAGAGGGCCAUACCUUCAGCUGAACAUCCUCUAACGUCUUGCACCACUUCCUGUCAGCACCAGCCUGUUUGGUAGUAAUUCAGUUGGCGUAAAUGAAUCGCUGGUCGCCAGUUUAAUAUUUUGAGGCUAGCAUUCUAAAAGUGCGUUACCAUAUUUUUUUUAUGCAAUCAAUUGAGCAGCUUGGCAUUCGGUGUACUGCCUGCUUAUCACUUGCUGUUUCGAUAGUCAGUACUUUAGACUGAGCUGUGUCUGGCUGUAUAUUUGCAAUGUGUUUACCCUUUUGAUGAUUAUAGUAUACUUAAUCAAAGUGUCAUCUAACCUUAACACCAACAUAAAGACAUUGUUACGCACACGUGCUAGCCUACUAACCUCCAUUUAACUUGUGAGGGACUUGGAGUACUUUUGAUAACCCUGUGCCUUGCCAGGAUAACCCACCAAUCACAGUGCUAUUUACCGAAGUAGUGCUCAUGGGACAGGUCCAUGUGUAACUGAGCUGUGAUACAGUAGAACUGUUAGUUCCGCAGAUGUGCCCGGGUUCAGCUGCAAUUGCAUUGCGAUUGCAAUCGAGCAGGAAUUGGAAUCGAUCCCAGGUACAGUGAAACAGCAACAGAAAACCCGUCUGUGGUUUAUCCUGGCGAGGGAUCCAAGGUUAUCGGAGCCGCUCCGAGGCACACUGGGAAUGCAGAGCGUUAUCAGUCGCUGUUGUUGGAACACAAAUUCCAGCCACAACCUGUAAGUGUGUGUUUGUAUAGAUGUGCCUUGCCUAGAAUUAAAUACAGACUUAAAUCCCAGUCCCAAGAAUUCCAAAACUAAGCCUACAACGUUAUCGCUAAUGUAUUUAAGUUGAAAUAUACCGUCACUGCGCUGAAUGCAGUGCUGCUCUGCCUAUACUGAAGAUGCGAUUCUCUCUGCAUCUUUUAAAAGAGAAGACAUUUAGCCUUUUAUUUUUCAAUACUUAUUUUGUUUUUAGUUAUUAUACAAAUUAAACAGAUUUUAAAAAAAAAUUGAAGAGAAAACAAUGUUUAAUUUUUUUAAAUUUUUUUUUAAGGGAGCGAGUAAUGAUGCUUUAUGAACAGGGGCAGGGGUAUAACAAAGUGAUUGAAAAGCCAUAGAAAAAUGAAUUCUGAUCUGUAAAUACAUCUGUUGUCAUGGAGAUAGCCUUUGUAAUAUGUGCAAUAAUAAUGAAGCAUUUGAUGAACAAAAUCUGUUUUUUAAAGUUUUUGAAUUCUUUUUGUUAAUGCAAAUACAUUCUGACUUGCCGCUACACUGCCCCGAAUGCCAAAGGACUGUGGAGGAGCGUGCAAACCUGUCCUGCGUCCACACCUAGCACAAAGAAGCCAUUUCCUAAAACUUUCAUCAGACCAGAGGCGCUCGUGGCUGCUGUUCUCAGAGAGGCGGGGGUUUAGCCUUUUUGAUUAGACGUGUUUGUCUGAGCACUGCCCUCCCAUUUCAAUAAUAAUAAAAUAAAACAGCUUCCACAUUU